CCGCCUGUCUCUCGGCUUCCUGAGGGCGCAGUCUACCCCGAACGAACGCUCGACGCAAUGCUUACCUCCUGGUUGGACUCUAAAGCAACUCUACCGGACGGCAUAGCGGCUACGCCUGGCCCCUCUGGAAGUAGGAUGUACCAGUCCCAGGAGCGCGAUCUUCUCCACCCUUUCAGCCUCUUGAUCCGGCUCGAUCAGCUCCUGGCCUGCCGCCCUCUGGGCGCGUCGGCGGCAGAAAUGGUGAAGGACGAAACGAAACAGCCAAAACUUCCAGCUCCGUUGUGGACCUCCAUCAGCAUGGCGGUUCUGCUCUCGCUUGACUACUGCCUUCGCAGGCACUGCAAAGGCCAGACUCAACCGCAGAAUAUAGAAACGACAGUUGAGGCCCUGACAAAUCGGAGCCAUCAAACUGACAACAGCGAAAAUUCGGAAUCGGGACCUCCGGAACUGGAUUUACGGCCUGAGCACAUAUUACUCGCAGUCAGUCCAGCCAAUUGUCUGGUGAUCUUCCGUCGAAGUUCCGUCCACUACAUGAACCUUGAUUAUCUUGCUUCUAAGAAAAAUGAACGGCAGCCAAGGUUGCCACUCCAAUUAGGUUCCGCUCGUAAAAUCGCGCAGAUUGCUCACACCGGUAUUGCCUACAGACUACCUGACGCUUACGCUGUCGGGACGGGAAGCAGCGUACUCGAGCGAUGA